UAGAUUAACAUUAAUUAUUAAAAAAAAAAAGAGAAGGAAAAAGACAGAGCAAUGGAGGUUGAGAAAACGGAGAAGAUGAAGGCAGAGGACGAGGACAAGGUUGAAUAUAGAGGAUGGAAAGUCAUGCCCUUCAUCAUUGGAAAUGAAACAUUUGAGAAGCUGGGAAUAGUUGGGAGUUCGUCGAAUCUCGUGAUAUACUUAACGACGGUGUUCAACAUGAAGAGCAUAACGGCGGGGGCAGUCGUCAACAUCUACGGCGGCACCAGCAACUUCGGCACCAUCCUCGCCGCUUUCCUAUGCGACACCUACUUCGGCCGCUACAAGACCCUCAGCUUCGCCAUGAUCGCAUGUUUCCUCGGGUCGGUGGCGAUGGAUCUGACGGCUGUGGUUCAUCGGCUCCAUCCGGAGCAAUGCGCGAAGGAAGUCGGAAGCGUGUGCAAAGGGCCAUCGGGUGGACAGGUAACGUUUCUCGGGGCGGCCAUGGUUCUGCUGGUGAUCGGAGCGGGCGGAAUCAGGCCGUGCAAUCUGCCGUUUGGAGCCGAUCAGUUCGAUCAGAACACGAAAGAGGGCAAGCGUGGAAUCGACAGCUUCUUCAACUGGUACUUCUUCACCUUCACAAUCGCCCAGAUGGUGUCAUUGACGCUCAUCGUUUACAUUCAAUCCAACGUGAGUUGGAGCAUCGGUUUGGCGAUCCCCGCCAUUCUUAUGCUCCUCGGCUGCGUUAUCUUCUUCGCCGGUUCCAAACUGUACGUCAGAGUUAAACCUAGCGGCAGUCCCAUUCUCAGCAUCACCCGAGUUAUUGCAGCGGCCAUCAAGAAAUCACGGCUGAAGCCAUUAUCUGAACCAUCUCUCCAUCUUUACAACUACAUCCCUCACGAUUUCGGCAACUCGAAGCUUACCCACACAGAUCAAUUCGGGUGUCUUGACAAAGCAGCAAUCUUGACGCCAGACGACAAGCUGAACCCGGAUGGAUCGCCAGUAGAUCCGUGGAGGCUUUGUAGUAUGCAGCAGGUGGAAGAAGUGAAAUGCGUAGUCCGAGUCCUUCCUAUUUGGAUAUCGGCCGCGUUAUUUUACAUAGCAUACAUCCAGCAAACGACUUACACCAUCUUCCAAACCCUUCAGAGCGAUAGGCGCCUCGGCUACGGAGGCUUCCAGAUCCCGGCCGCGACCUACACAGUGUUCUUGAUGCUGGGAAUGACAACGUUCAUCCCUAUAUACGACCGUGUUCUCGUACCCUUCCUCAGAAUGUUCACAGGGAAAGAAGGCGGAAUCACGCUCCUCUAGAGGGUGGGCGCGGGCAUGGUUGUGUGCAUCACAAGCAUGUUGGUAUCAGCGUUCGUGGAAGAACGUAGAAGAACGGUAGCCCUCACAAGGCCAACACUCGGGAUCGCCCCGAGAAAAGGCGCAAUCUCUUCGCUGUCGAGCAUGUGGAUGAUCCCUCAGCUCGGGCUGAUGGGGAUUGCCGACGCCUUCACGGGGGUUGGGCAAAUGGAGUUUUACUACAAAGAGUUUCCCGAGAACAUGAGAAGUUUCGCGGGAUCUAUCUAUUACUGCGGGAUAGGGCUCUCGAGCUACUUAAGCACCUUCCUGAUAUCGGUGGUUCACGGUAAAACCGAGGGAAAGCCGUCGGGGGAGUGGCUUCCAGAGGACCUAAACAAGGGAAAGCUCGAUCAUUUCUACUUCUUGGUUGCUGGGAUGAUGACCGUGAACUUGGCUUACUUCUUGCUAGUCUCACAAUGGUACCGCUACAAAGAGAAGCCUCACCAGCUCAACGGACAGACCAAUGACUUUGAUAAAAUUUCUGUAUGAUAUAUAGUUUCUCCCCAUGUUUAUGUCAUCUUUUCCUCUGUGUUUGGGGUUUCAAUGCUCAGUUGUGUUUUUUUCUUCAGAUGAAAAGGGCUUCGACUGAGAGGCUGUGAUAAAUAAACCAUAUACGUACAGUCAAA